AUGUCUCUCCACAAUGAGCUCAGUACCGAUGGCCAUGUCUUCAAAAUUCCCACCGACCCUGCCGAGCGCUUCCGUUUCAUCCGUGACCAGACAGUGACCUCCUACCGUGCUAUGACAGGCGGCACACCAACUGCUCAAGACAUGGCGUUCUUCUUUGGUACUAUUUCUACAGAAAUUAAUACCAAGGCCGGCAACAUGGAGUUGGCUACUACACAGGCGGCCACUCUGGAGGCCACCAGUGCGAAGAUUGCCGACGCGAAGACAAAGAUCGCUGACGGAGUGGUUACCAGUACCCAGGAUAAGGAAAUUGGGAUUUCAUCACACGGUCGGAAGCGCAACUAUGAUGUCUUUGAGGCGGAGGAAACAGAGGGGAAGGUGAUGAAAACAGACCAGGAGGGUAAGAAAUAG